CCCACAACGUCAACCGACAUCCGACAUCCAUCGCUCGACCGAUACCCGCAGCACUCCUCCACAUUAAGCGACUGCCCAUAAAUCCAAAGAAACUAUACACCUUCAGCGAUCGGCUUGUCCGUUGAAAUACAUUCACCAUGUCGGGCGGCUCAGCUUACGACCGACACAUCACGAUCUUCUCCGAGCAGGGGAGAUUGUACCAAGUCGAAUAUGCCUUCAAGGCAAUUACAGCCGCGAAUAUCAUGUCCAUAGGUAUUAGGGGCAAGGACUGUGCUGUUGUUCUCUCCCAGAAGAAGGUUCCGGAUAAACUCAUCGAUCCCUCCUCAGUCUCCCACAUUUUCCGUCUCUCCCCCUCGGUGGGAUGCGUCAUGACAGGUUCCAUCGCCGAUGCUCGCGCUUUCGCACAGCGUGCCCAGUCGGAGGCCGCGGAUUUCCGGUACAAGUAUGGGUAUGAAAUGCCCUGCGACGCUUUGGCCAAGCGGCUGGCCAACAUCAGCCAAGUCUACACACAACGGGCCUACAUGAGACCCUACGGAGUAGCGACGACUCUUAUCUCGGUGGACUCGGAGUUCGGGCCCCAACUGUACAAGACGGACCCGGCCGGCUACUACAUCGGCUAUAAGGGCACGGCUGCGGGCCCCAAACAGCAAGAGGCCCUCAACCAUCUGGAGAAGAAGCUUCGCAGCAAGGACUGCGCCCCUGGGACGUGGGAAGAUGUUGUGGAACUCGCCAUCACCACGCUUAGCAACGUUCUCAGCGUGGACUUUAAGAAGAACGAGAUCGAGAUUGGCAUCGUCGGCGGACCUCGAGCAGACGGCAAGGAGGGAACAGAUACCACGUUCAGGACACUGAGCGAGGACGAGAUUGAAGAGCGGCUUCAGGCGAUUGCGGAGAAGGAUUGAGCGGAGGGAGCCUAUCUCAGGUGAAAGCUCUUUUCUUGUCUUCGCAUUGGAGGUGUCCUUGGGGUGCCCCUUGGAGGCUCGGUGAGGUGAACUGAAUGAAGCGCCAUGCAAACCGAGCAGCUGGGCAAAGUCAGGGCCUCUGUCUCGGACGGUCCAGGCGUAGGGAUUCGGUGCUGUACUACUAGCCGUACAUGAUGAGCGGUUUAGAUGAAAGAAUCAAUGACUUUCCAACCCCCCUGUGCAUUAUGGUCUCCCUGUCGUGUAACUGUUAACUUUUGUUGAGCAAGCACCAAGCCAAAAUGAAUGGCUGAGGCAAAUUUUGGCUCGGCUGACUGUAGCUGCUUACC